CCGGUGAGUAAAAUCUUAUUUUUGCUAUGUGUGUUUAGCUGUUUGUGUGUUUUGUCAUAUGUGUGUAUGUAUGUUUUGCUAUAUGUUUGUCUUUUACUAUGUGAGUGUAUAUACAGGGCCGGCCUGACCGUUACAUCGCGGAGAGUACCAUAUGUGGAGGGUGCUGCUGCUGCCUUCUCAUGUCCUCCCGAGGUGUGCUCGCACACCUGCUGCACUGCUCAAAGAGAGAGCCUGGAUCACAGGGUGAGGAGAAACAUAUUGUGAAUUGAAAAAAGCAUAUUGCACAGAACAACCAGGCGUGAUAAUGGUGGAGGAAGGAGGGUCUGUGACACUUCCAUGUAACUUCAGUUAUCCAGAAGACGGGGACAGCUCCACCAAGGUCAGUGUGUACUGGAGACAGGGAAGGACCAGUCCGUGUGGGGAUUUUGACUUCAUUUACUACAACACAGAAGGCUGGACACAUGACUACACAGGACGGAUCUCAUUGGUGGGAAACCCCCAGGAACAGAGGACAGCGACUAUCACAAUCCAGAACCUGAGGAAGACAGAUGGCCCCAUGUUCUGCUGCCGGGUCAGGAUAUAUAAUCAAAGAAGGCAUGAAAUGUGGCAAAAUCGUCACGGAACAAUCAUUCACUUCAAAGAUCAGAUCUUUGUAGAACAGACGGAUGUUGUCCCUGCUACAGAGGGAGAAGAUGUAAUUAUACCGUGUUAUGUUCAUAAUAAAUCUAUUGAUCAUAUACGCGCGGUCACCUGGAGGAUGGGAGCAAACGUCCUGUGUUCUGACAAUGGUAUCAUUAAGACAUGGAUGGAGGAUAAUAAGAUUGAGGAAAUUGGACGCUGGUCAGUAGUGAAUUUCCCUGAGGACCUCUCAUUACGAGUAAGAGAAGUGACGUCAUCUGACAGUUACCGGUACUGCUGUGAGGUACGGACAAAGCUAAGAGGUCCCAUUCGUGGAUCUGCACGUGGUACAGAUUUAGUGGUUGCAGCCUCUAAGUUUGAACUGGAAUUAAAAAUCCUACAUCUUGAGUUGUCAGUAGAAACAGAAGACUCUGUGACCCUGAAUUGUUCGUACUCCGUCCCAGAAGGCAGGAAGCCUUUGUGGAUUGGAAUUUACUGGAGAGUCGGCAACACAAGUGAUGUUUAUGCCUACCACCCCUCCAAAGAGAUGGUUCAUCCCAGAUACAGAGGAAGAACUGAGCUGAGAGGACUGGCUGAUCUUCAUAUAACGGGGGUUCAAGAAACAGACUUCGCUACAUAUUACUGCCUUGUGGUGCUGAAAUUCUGUGAUGGGCUUAACAAUAUCAGAUCAGUGAUCCAAUAUGGGAGCCGGACAGCACUGGACACAAAUAUGGCUUCUCUUGACAGUCAGUGGACAAUGGCCGUUGCUUCACCUGCUGUCCUGCUCAUUAUAAUUAUUCUGUGUGUUACAGUCAUUGCCCUGUGGAAGAAAGGUGUUAUUGGCCAGAAAGACAGAAGAGUGGAAUAUAUGAAUCGUAGCACCGCCGGCUUUGCUCCAGUAACCCAGCGUAACUCUAUGAGCGUGGAAAUGACAAAUGUUGAAUCCACUGUCUUCACUGGACAAGAGGAUCCCGGGGGGAUUGUCUAUGCAAGUGUGAAUGUAACAUCACAGCAGAAAGCUACAGCCAAUCAGAGAGAAGACUACAACCCAGAGAGUGGCUCCCAGGUUCUAUAUGCAACUAUCAGACACACCAAUGACAAAAAAUAUUAAUGAAGGGUCUCAAUCAAUCAUAAAAAACAAGAAACAUUGUUCAAGAAAUGUGUGUUACUACACGCACCAACAUUACACCUGAGAACUAAGAGGACUUGUUUCUCGGGACGGUUUCCCUAUCUUGUAUUUUUAUAUAUUUGUAUGUAUUGAGAACUGUCUGAGUUUAUUACAAGUGAAGGUGAGCGUGUCAUCAUGCGUGUCCUCUAGGUGCAUUAACCCUUGGUUUCUCUAAUCACAUGCGUCUUUGGGAGAGUUGUAUGUCAAUCAACUGUAAUUGCUACUGUAUUGCGUGCGCAUACCAAAAUGUGUAGAUUCAACCCUAUGCAGAUCUGUACACAUUUUUACGGAGCGACACUGGAGGAAAUCACACUCUAAGGCAGACUUCCUCCAUUUCAAACUUAUGCUCUCAUCCUUCAGUACUGCCCUUUCUCUUGCUAAACAGUCAUACUUAAAGACCCUCAUCUCCUCCCAGUCUUCCAACCCCUGGAGCCUCUUUGCCACUCUCAACUCACUCCUCUGCCCACCUCCACCUCGUCUCCCUUCCUCACUCUCUGCUCUUGACUUUGCCACUUACUUCACAUCCAAAGUUGACUCCAUACAUCAGGACAUCACAUCACACCAGACCAUCAGCAACCAGCCUCCCCCCAUCCCUUACCAACCCUCCCCAUCCCUCGCACCUACUCUGACAUCUUUCUCCCAUGCAUCUGGUGAGGAAGUCAUGGCCCUCAUUCGUUCCUGUCCCCUCACCACCUCCCCACUUGACCCUAUUCCCUCCCACCUCCUCCGCUACCUCUCUCCUUCUGCCUGUUCCCAUCUUUCCCACCUUCUCAACUUCUCCCUCUCAUCAGGCACUGUCCCCUCUGCCUUCAACCAUGCACUCAUCUCUCCUAUUCUUAAAAAACCUACCCUUGAUCCAAACACUCUCUCCAACUACCGACUAGUAAUGUGCACCGGAAAUUUUUCGGGUUUUGUGUGUUGGUUUUGGAUUCGGUUCCGCGGCCGUGUUUUGGAUUCGGACGCGUUUUGGCAAAACCUCCCUGAAAUUUUUUUGUCGGUUUCGGGUGUGUUUUGGAUUAGGGUUUUUUCUUUACAAAAAAACCUCAAAAACAGCUUAAAUCAUAGAAUUUGGGGGUCAUUUUGAUCCCAUAGUAUUAUUAACCUCAAUAACCAUAAUUUACACUCAUUUUCAGUCUAUUCUGAACACCUCACACCUCACAAUAUUAUUUUUAGUCUUAAAAUUUGCACCGAGGUCGCUGGAUGGCUAAGCUAAGCGACACAAGUGGCCGACACAAACACCUGGCCCAUCUAGGAGUAGCACUGCAGUGUCAGGCAGGAUGGCACUUCAAAAAAUAGUCCCCAAACAGCACAUGAUGCAAAGAAAAAAAGAGGCGCACCAAGGUCGCUGUGUGACUAAGCUAAGCGACACAAGUGGCCGACACAAACACCUGACCCAUCUAGGAGUGGUACUGCAGUGUCAGGCAGGAUGGCACUUCAAAAAAAUAGUCCCCAAACAGCACAU